ACAUAAUGCAAAUAUUGGUGGUUUAUUAUAAUUUUGUAAAUAUUUAAUUAUUUUGCUAUUUUAUAAUUGUGCAUGAUCGAGUCAAAAUAAACACUGCCCAAAUGCCUUCCAUAGUUCCGAGGACUUCAAUGAUAUCUAUGAUUUUAGAAUCGAUUGCAGUAUCGUGCAGAGGUUUCAUAAAUGUAAUCGGUGAAAAUUCACGUAUGAGUUCGAAUAUACCAUAUUUUCACAUCGCCAUUGAUUAUUUGCCAACUAAUAAUUUGCUCAUCAGAAAUAGUUUGAAGGUGGUGUAAUGACCUUGACCUUAGUCAACGUAGAGAAAACGAUCUCGGCAACAGGUAGUCGGACAUAACCCAUUGAUCAUUUUCGUGGACAUAUAUAUAUAAUAUAUAUAAAUAUACAUAUAGAUUAGUAUACAUAUGUAUAAGUUACAUACAGGCGAAUGUGAAAUGAUUAUGUUCAAUGAGAGUUUGCAGCGGAAGCUGAUCAUUCAGUGUGUACCUCCUGAGUUAUUCAUAAUGACUUAGACUGAGAUGACCGCUGAUGAUUCUGUACUUAGUUUAUGUGACAAUAAUCACAUGCUAAAAAGAAAAAUGGUUAUAACUGGCUCUUUUGCUUUUGAUUAACCUCAAGUCAAACUUGACUAGACAAGAAGAACAAAUAAGUUGGCCCCAGAUGUUUGAGAGGGGGUAAACAAACGGUGAUCGUCAUCUACCAUGGUUUAUGCUGCCCAAAGUUGAGCCAACUAAGUCUGAUGCAUGCUUGGAAGCGGAAUGGGAAUCCUUUGAGAAGAUGAUCAGCGGAACUGAAUCAUCAGACACACUAGCUCCACCACCUCUGCCUGUUGGUCCUCCUGAAUUGUCGAUUUCAUCUGAACAAUCAUUCUUUUCUAAUAUGUCUGAACCUCCUACACUCUCGAACAUAAAGGACCAAACUCAGUUUUUCAAUCAUGCUGACCCACCCACAUUAACUAAUUCCACUGAACCAGUGACCCAUCCUGAUGAUGAAGGGACAGCUACUGUCAAAAGUCCGCCAAAUCCUUCCAAGCUGACAGACAUCAUACUGCCUUCUCAGUAUGAUGAUGAGAUGCCUAUACUCACCAAGAUAUCUGGAUCGCCGAUGUCAUCGGAGCAUUCCAGAUCACGAUCCUCAUCCUCCUCAAGUUCAAGGUCAUCCUCUGCAGACUCAGUGAGAAGUGAAGAAGAGAGAAAAAAGUCACUUUCACCAGUGUCCUCAAAGAGAGAGUCAUCACCCAGGAAAGACUCGUCCACAUCAAAGAGAAAGGAUGAGAAGCGUGAUAAGCGAUCAAGGUCAGGACAUCGAUCAAGAUCAAGGUCAGCUCACAGGUCAAGAUCAAGGUCAGCUCACCGGUCAAGAUCAAGGUCACCUCAUCGCAAGAGGCGUCGUUCAUCAGACAGGAAGAGAUCAAGGUCCAAAUCUAGAGGAAGGCGAAGAUCCUCUGAGAGAAAACGAAGGUCAAGGUCUCGUGGGAAGAGGCCUCACCACAGCUCCUCACGAUCACAUCGAAGACGUCGCAGCGGCUCUCGUUCCAAACGUAGACAGUCCCGCGAGAAGCGUUCCUCACGAGAUCACCGCAGGCGUUCAAGUGACCACAGUCACAGGCGAGAUAGACGAGAUAAGAGCAAGGAAAGGCGAAGGAGAAGCCGAAGUAAAGAACGAAGGCGAAGUAGAUCUCGAAGCCCCGCACGGGGCAAGAAAUGCAUCACAAGGGCUAUAGGGUCAAAGCCACUGACUUUCAAAGAACAGAUGAGGCAACAGUUGCUGAAGGCCAGCAAGAUGCUGUCUGAACAGGGAGAGGGAGCUGAACAAAAAGAGAUACCAAUUGACAACCAGAACAACAUGCCCCUAAGUGCAUCCAGUGUGUUUUCUGCAGUCAGUGCUGGUGGCAACGUCACGCCACAAAUGGCUCUCCUGCAAACCAUGGCUGCCAUGCAUCAGAAAGCUCAAGAGAUCACAGGUGUGGCUGUGCCAAGGUUUUACAACCCUGCUGCUGUCAACCCUCUCAAAUAUGCAGAGCAGGUGCAGAAGAGGAAACUACUCUGGGGCAAGAAUAAGGAUAAGAAAGAGGAUGAAGGUCAAGGCCAGUGGCAGGGGACAGCUUUUGUGUCUGACAAUGAUGGCAAGAUGGCUGCCAAGUUCCGUAAGCUCAUGGGGAUGAAGGAAGGAGCAGAGAAGGAUUCAGAUGAAGAGAAAUCUGAGGAACAGAAGAAGAAAACAGAGGAGAUGUUUUACAGACUUGAUAAAGAAUACGAAUUUGCACGAAUGACCACACAUACACACCGUGGAAUUGGUCUUGGGUUCCAGUCACAAGGAUUACCAAAUCCAUGAUCAGGCCAUCACUGGACUCCGAUGUAUAUAUAACAUGCUAUGAUACCUUAACUCCUGGAAGUGUUCGAGAAAAAUGUCAGCAUAAAUAUGCAUGUGUGUGCCAAUUUGUAGCAGCAUAAUUUAAGCCCUGGCAACUGGUGAUAAUUAUUAUUUAUUGUUGCAUCGACAAUUGGUUAUUUGUGAUAGGGUUGAAUGGGUUGUAAAUAAUGUAACAUUGUUGUGUCUUUUCUAAGAAUUGAAGCAGCACUGUUCGCGUAAUCAUAAAGGUGUUUGCCAGAGUUAUGCGCUGAAUUGAUAUCGGAGAUGUUGAUUCCAUCUCGACACUUCUGGUUUGAGUUUCAUCCAAUUGCUUACUCAUCAGAUUUCUGAAAUAACUGGAUGAGAUAAUAUAACAUUUUUGUUUAUUGUAUUAGUAAUUGGUAUAUUUUUGUUCAGAUCAGUGAACAGUCUUACGCCAAUAGUAUUGAGGGCUGGCCAUGCUAUGAGCCUCUGUGAUGUAUAUAUAAUAUGCUUAAAAAGGAAGAGAAAAUAUGAAGUCCAUUAUCUGUGACAUUUGGCAUUCAAGAAAUGAUGGCUUCUUUUAAGAGAACUCGACAUUGAAAUCUAGUGCUACAUUCUGUUCAGGGGAAUAGGAGAAUAAUGAACACAUAGAUGUUGUUCAGAAAUCCAGACCACAUGGGUACAAUGUGUGAAGCCCAUUUCUGGUGUCACCUGUUGUGAUAUUGCUGGAAUAUUGCUAAAAGCGUCAUAAAACAACAUUCACUCACUCAGAAAUCCAGAUAGUCAUCUUUGUUUGAUCAGGCAGAAUAGUUAAACUACUUGUGUGUGUUUAACCUGCUGUUCAGUUACUGAAUUAAUCCAAUGAGCUUGUGUACUUAGUACAAGAUGUAAUUCUGGAGUUGUGUUUGUUGCAAUUUGUUGUAUUGUAUGUAUAUACUUGAUGUGCUGUAUGCAUGAGUGAAUGGUUUAUGUACAGAGUAUGUUUUGUAAAAGCAUUAAUUUUGUGUACAUUUUGUAUUAUGUACAAUUCCUAACAUUGAGAUCGUCCAGUUUGGACUGAAUAAAGUAAAGAAUUCAGGU